AUAGGCCUCUGUAUGGCCUUCAAUUUAAGCUGCUUACGCUUCGCCACUCUGCCAUGGGCCCCUGUACCGCCUCCUCUUGCUGCUGCCAGGUCCAGAGUGUGUCAUGGUCCCCCGUACCGACUCCUCAUGCUGCUGCCAGGCCCGUAAUCUGUCAUGGGCCCCUGUACCGCCUCCUCAUGCUGCUGCCAGGUCCAGAGUGUGUCAUGGGUCCCUGUAUGGCCUCCCAUUGCUGCUGUCUCCAUCGCCACACUCUGCCAUGUGCCACUUUCAGGUCUCCUCACACUGCUGGUGGGUUCCAUUUUGUCAUAGGGUGCUGUAUGGCCUCCCAUUGCUGCUGCCUCCACCGCCACCCUGCGCCAUGUGCCUGUCGUCUGCUCACGCUGCUGACGGCUUCCGCUUUUUAACCGAGGCCUGUGUUUGGCUUCCGAAUACUGCUGCAUCCACCGCCACCCUGCGCCAUGUGCCACUUUCAGGUCUCCUUACACUGUUGGUGGGUUCCAUUUUGUGAUAGGGUGCUGU